GUCGAAAAUCAGCUCUCAAGUAAUACAGUUACAGGCCUAGUUCAGUGCCGGGGCAGCUUGUCUACUAAGCAACCAAGGAGUUAAAUGCUUAGCGGGCCCUUUGCACUCGACCGCCCCGCGCUCCACCCUCAGCUCCCGCCCUCCCGCCCGGGCGGGCGGGCGGGCGGCAAUGCGGCCAUGGCGACUCGGUUGGUGUCGCGGCGCUUCCGAGCUCCACUAGCCCACCCUGGUGCUCGCCUGCGGAUUUUGCUACAGUCGCCUCAGGCGGCCGCGCUGGAAGGACUGUUCCCGGCCCGGCUCAACAGCACUAGCCAGGCCAUGGCAGUAUUAGCCAGUUCCCUGAUGCGCACCGGAGGCUUCGUGGGAGGCCGUUGGGUGCAAUCGGCGGCUGUUUUCCCUGUCCGGGAUCCGGCCAGCGGCGCGGAGCUGAGCCGGGUGGCGGACUGCGGGGUGGCCGAAGCUCAGGCCGCCGUGAGGGCCGCCUACGAGGCCGGUGUUGCUUGGAGCGGAGUAUCUGCGAAGGUGAGGAAAGAAAAGCGGCGCCAGGAAAGAGCUGCUUUACUUCGUAAAUGGUACAAUUUGAUGAUAGAAAAUAAAGAUGACCUUGCAAGGAUCAUUACAGCAGAGAAUGGAAAGCCACUGAAGGAAGCACAAGGUGAAAUUCUUUAUUCUGCUUCUUUCUUGGAAUGGUUUGCUGAAGAAGCUCGGCGUAUUUAUGGUGACAUCAUUCCAUCUUCUACAAAAGACAGAAGAGUCCUGGUUCUGAAGCAGCCUGUGGGAGUCGCUGCCAUCAUUACUCCUUGGAAUUUCCCAAGUGCUAUGAUUACACGGAAAGUGGGUGCUGCUUUGGCAGCUGGCUGUACAGUGGUGGUGAAGCCAGCAGAAGAUACACCCUUAUCUGCUUUAGCACUUGCUGAGCUUGCAAAUCAGGCUGGAAUACCUGCAGGAGUAUAUAAUGUCAUUCCCUGCUCUAGACAACAGGCAGCAGCAGUUGGGGAAGUGCUGUGCACUGAUCCCUUAGUAGCUAAAAUCUCUUUUACUGGCUCAACAGCUACAGGAAAGAUAUUGCUGCGCCAUGCUGCUGGCACUGUGAAGAGGGUCUCCAUGGAGCUUGGAGGACAUGCUCCAUUCAUAGUGUUUGACAGUGCUGAUGUAGACAGAGCGGUUGCAGGCGCUUUAGCUUCUAAAUACAGAAAUUCAGGCCAGACCUGUGUAUGUACAAACCGCUUCUUGGUGCAAAGAGGGAUCCAUGAUGCAUUUGUAGAAAAGUUUGCACGAGCCAUUAAGACAGAGCUACAUAUUGGCAAUGGGUUUGAUGAAGGGACAACCCAGGGACCGCUAAUUAAUGAAAAAGCUGUGGAAAAGGUUGAAAGACACAUUGAUGAUGCAGUUUCCCAAGGAGCAUCCAUAGUUACAGGAGGAAAAAGGCACAGUUAUGGGAAGAAUUUCUUUGAGCCAACUCUUCUCAGCAAUGUCACAACAGGCAUGUUGUGUACACAAGAGGAGACAUUUGGUCCUUUGGCCCCAGUUAUCAAAUUUGAUACAGAGGAAGAAGCUCUUGCUAUAGCAAAUGCAGCCAAUGUGGGUUUAGCAGCCAGCUACUAGACCUUGCUGCUCAUACUGCCCCUGUGAUAAGAUGCUGGACUGUGUCUUGGCCUUGCUUCUUGUGCUGCCCUCUGUUUGGACUGCUGUAAAACCCUGAUUGUGGGACUGUCCUGCUAACCUGUGCCUGUGUGCAACCUGAAGCAGGACAUGAUGAGUGAAAUAGGGAUUCUAAUCUAUUUGUGACUUUCACUGCAGAACUAAGGGGUGUUAAAAACAGUGUGAAUACCUUUUGCAACAGCAGAUGCAGAGCCACGCUAACCCCGCCAUCAGCACAAGCAAAAUGCAAGCAGAUGCCGUUACAUAAAGUAUGCUCCAUUCUAGAAGACAGUAGUAGAAUUAUCAAAGUUAUUAGAGGGGCUAUUAACACACUUACGCUUUCAAGGUAAGUAACUUUACAGAUCUACUCUAUGCAGUGUCCAUGCCUAGAACAUUUCACCCAGAUCCUCCCAACUCACCGCAGUUACUCUCUCCACUGUUUAGGUACUGCUUUAUCAAAUUCUCCAUCCACAUUUGAUAGCAAAUGCAAUGCUUUGUGAUGGGGUCACAGUGUCCAUGACCAGAGCAUUUUAAGAGGCAAGCUAUAACAGCAAAGACAAUUGAAAUUAUUACUACAUUGGGCUUUGGUAUUAUUCCACUCCGUAGCACAAAUACUACCUACCAGCAGUGUCAACACGAAGCACUUUAAAAAGCAGGAAGUCUGGCUUCUCCUUUAAGAGUUGCAAACGUAGUAUCUGUGCAAUAUCCAGUGCCUUUAUCACUUUAAAAGGAUGCCCAUUCUGAACAUAGAACACAACAGCUGUGCUGAAGAUAGGAUGUAUAUAUUAAAUAAUAUCUAUAUUUAGCUUUUCAAUUUAGUUGCAAGAAGUAUUCUUGCAGUCAGAAUGUUUGAUUUGACCUUCACAUAAGCCCUAUUUAUUUAUGCAUGCAGUUCACCCAUGCAAUGACAAUCACACUGACAAAUCAUGUUGUCACCUCCAACACAUCACCUCCCCCAUGGUUACAGCCCUUCACAAGUUGAAGGACAAAUCUAUAAAGCAAGCAGCCUCAUAGACAUAUGGAGGCUCCCUGUACAAUUCAGAACCUCAAUCAUACUACAGAGAGAGAUAGAAGGCCCAUCUAGUCCAGCAUGCUGUUCUCACAGCCAACUGGAUGCCUAUGGGAAGCCUCCAAGCAAUACCUGAGUAAAGGCAUACCCCACUUAAAGUUGCUUCACUUAAAGUCGCCUCGCUAUAAAGUACAUGCUCCAUACUCCACCAUACCCCACUUUAACGUACGCGCUUCACAAUAACGGACACUUAAUGCCAUGACACCACUGCCAUCUAGUGGCAAUUGCAGUGCAGUACAUGCAUAGAUAAUUGCUUCACUUUAAGUACAUUUUCACUUUACAUACACGCUCCAGUCCCAUUGCGUAUGUUAAAGCGGGGUAUGCCUGUAUAACAGCAUUCUCCCCAGUUGUGAUUCCCAGCAAGUGGGUUAGGGUUGGGUGAGAAUUUUGAUACAGUUCACAUUUUAAGCAGAAUUUAUCAAAUUUGCACUGUCCGAAUCCGUAUGAGAACCAAAACACAACCAUCCUUAGAAAUUUGCAUUUAUUAGAAUUUUGUGAUGCAGUUCACCAACUAAACAAUAUUUACAAAAAUGCAUAUGUAUGGGGAAAGCGUGCAUAAAAAUGAAUAUAUGAGUGAAAAUGCAUUAGAUAAUGAGAAAUGGCCUGCAAAAAUGUGUACCUUUGUUAAAACUGCUUACAAAAAUGUGUUUAUUAGGACAAAUUCGCACUAAAAUGUUGGAGAAUUUUAAUGAUUAUUUUUUAAAAAAAUGCAAAUUGCUGCAGCAAUGGGGAGAACUGAAUUUAAGAUUGGAAAAACGAGAAACUGAGAGAACCGAAAUUGACAGAUCUUUCCAUCCCUACAACUAGUAUUCAGAGACAUGCUCCAUCUGACACUGGAGCUAAUGCAUAGCCAUCACAGCUACUUUUGACAACCUUAUCUUCCAUGAAUUUGUCUAAACCCCUUUUAAAGCUAACCAAGUUGGUGGCCAUCUCUACAUCUUGUAGUAGAGAACUCCAUAGUUUAACUAUGUGAAAUGUAAAAUAAGUAUAUCCUUUUGCCUGUCCUGAGUCUUUGCUGAACAAACUAUAGAACCUUACUUACACAAAGCAUCUUUGAGUUGGCUUUCACAAACUUUCUUCUCUGUAAUGUUCUUCUGUUAGGAAGCCUCUGAUUAACAGACCUAGCAACUUAUUAUCUUGACAGUUCACACUGCAGACUUUUCAAGGGAAAAGAUGGUUUGUUUGGGGUUACAUUUAGGUCACUGGUUGCUUUUGUCAGCAAGUCAAAUUUUAAUAUCUGCAGGUUAUUCACCCCUGCACUGCCGACAUCCCUCACCAGUGAAAUGAAGCUUAGCAGUCUCUAGUGAUUUGGGUCAUGUCUACUUUUGGUAUCUCUGUGUACCUGAUAUCAGAAUGAGCAUGUAUCUUCUGAACUUUAAUAUCUGAAUCUAAGACAUUCAGUAGCAUUGCUAGCUGUCGCACAAGAGUGUCUUUCUGUUGUUCAGUCAGCUGGCCAACUCCAACUUGCAAGAUCAGUUCCACAAGUCCAUUUUUCUUAGGAUCUGUGAAUGCAACAACAAUGCAACUCUUUCAAAGCACUAGAAAUGUUUUCUUCAAAUUUGAAGGUCAUACUUACAAAUUAGUAUUUACUAAGAAUUCCAGUUGGCAACACAAAACAGGGAACAUGCAAGUUCCAAACAGGUAUUUUUCAUGGGUGUUAUUCAUCCAACUUAGAGUAGAUCUAUUGAAGUUAAUAGACAUGACUAACUUAGGUUCAUUCAUUUGAGCAGGUCUACUCUGAGUAGGACUUAGUUGAAUACAACCCUAUGUGUUGAAUAUGAAGUUACAUUCCUCUCAAACGUAGCACAUGAAGUUUAGAGGAAGCUACGCGAUUCCCUCCCUCCCCCUGAUUUGUCAUACCCACCAUCAGAAAAUGCAAUGGAUUAGUUUGUAAAGGAUGGCAAAAUUAUUAACUGCUUUAAAAAUGCCUUAAAUAAAUAAUAAAUUUAAUAAA